GUACAAUCCGGAAAAGUGCAAGUAGAAAAUCUCGUAUUCCGUCUUCAUUACCGCUUGACGUCUAUGUUACUUCUGCUCGGGUGCAUCCUCGUCUCCGCUACUCAAUUCAUUGGGGAGCCCAUUCAGUGCAUCAAUACCUUUAUGCCCGACGAUGAGCAAUUUGGGAAGGCCUGCAACACGUACUGCUGGAUCAUGUCUACCUUCACACUUCCUCAUCUAUAUGACAAGGAAGUGGGAGUGGAGGUGGCCCACCCUGGCGUAGGUCCUCACACAGAAGAAGUAGAUAAAAAGUACCAUGCCUACUACCAGUGGGUUCCUUUCGUCUUGCUUCUACAAGCCAUGAUGUUCUACGCCACUCAUUAUAUCUGGAAGAAUAUAGAGGGCGGGCAGUUGAAGAACGUGCUUAACGGCCUGGACGCACUCAUGUUGGAUAAGGAGGUACGAGAAAAGAAACAGGAACAGGUAGCCAAGUAUCUGGAGAAGACCAAGGGGAGGCAUACGUUCUGGUUCUCUGAGUACAUAUUAUUCGAGAUCCUCAACUUCUUUCAUGUCAUCGGGCAGAUCUACUUCACCGACAAGUUCUUGGGUUACGAAUUCACGACGUAUGGGGCCGAUGUAAUCAAAUUCAUGGAAGAAGACCCAGAGAAUCGCACGGAUCCCAUGACCAGAGUCUUUCCCAGAGUCACUAAAUGUACAUUCCAUACCUUCGGUCAAUCCGGUACGAUCCAGAAAAUAGAUAACCUCUGUGUUCUAGCUCUGAAUAUCGUGAACGAGAAGAUUUACACCGUGUUCUGGUUCUGGUUCGUCAUUCUUGCCGUACUCUCUGGUCUUACAUUGCUGUAUCGCGCGGCUAUCCUUCUGUCGGAUGCCCUUCGAAUCAUUUUGCUCCGAACGCGGGGCGGAAACCGGAGAAGAGAUCUUGUCCAAAGCAUAACGAGGAAGUUGUGUCAAUCUGACUGGUUUCUUCUUUAUCAUAUUGGAAAGCACAUGGAUCCUCUCCAUUACGAGGGUUUUCUCGAGAAAGUUGAUGAGGCAUUCAACUUGCAAUCCGGAAAAGUGAGUGUUGAGAACCUAGUAUUCCGUCUUCACUACCGCCUGACGGCCAUUCUGCUUUUGGUGGGAUGUUUACUCGUCUCCGCCUCACAAUUCUUUGGGGAGCCCAUUCAGUGCAUCAAUGGCUUCGCGCCGCAGGAGAAUGAGGACGAUAAGGAUUUCGUGAAGGCCAUCAACUCGUACUGUUGGAUCAUGUCUACCUUCACACUUCCUCAUCUAUAUGACAAGGAAGUGGGAGUGGAGGUGGCCCACCCUGGCGUAGGCCCUCACACAGAAGAAGCAGAGAAAAAAUACCAUGCCUACUACCAAUGGGUCCCUUUCUUUUUGCUUCUUCAAUCCAUGAUGUUCUACGCCACUCAUUACAUCUGGAAGAAUAUAGAGGGCGGGCAGUUGAAGAACGUGCUUAACGGCCUGGACGAGCUCACUUUGGAAGAGAAAGAACGACAGGAGAAAGAGAACCUGGUAGUCGAGUAUCUGAAGAAGACCAAGGGAAGACAUGCAUUCUGGUACGCUGAGUACAUAUUCAUGGAAGUUCUUAAUUUAUUUCACGUCAUCGGACAGAUCUACUUCACCGACAAGUUCUUGGGUUACGAAUUCACGACGUAUGGGGCUGAUGUUGUCAGAUUUUUGGAAGAAGACCCAGAGAAUCGUACGGAUCCCAUGACCAGAGUCUUUCCCAGAGUCACUAAAUGCACAUUCCAUAACUUCGGUCAAUCAGGCACGAUCCAGAAAAUAGAUAAUCUCUGUGUUCUAGCCCUGAAUAUCGUGAACGAGAAGAUUUACACCGUGUUCUGGUUCUGGUUCGUCAUUCUUGCCGUACUCUCUGGUCUUACAUUGCUGUAUCGCGCGGCAAUCCUUCUGUCGAGUCUCCUUCGAAUACUUUUGCUCCGAAUGCGGGGCGGAAACCGGAAGAGAAUUCUUGUCGAGGCCAUAACGAGGAAGUUGGGUCGAGCUGAUUGGUUUCUUCUUUAUCAUCUUGGAAAGCACAUGGAUCCUCUCCAUUACGAGGGUUUUCUCGAGAAAGUUGGUGAGGAAUUCAACGUAUAUGUUCGAGUAGAGAAUCUCGCAUUCCGUCUUCAUUACCGCUUGACGUCUAUGUUACUUCUGCUCGGGUGCAUCCUCGUCUCCGCUACUCAAUUCAUUGGGGAGCCCAUUCAGUGCAUCAAUACCUUUAUGCCCGACGAUGAGCAAUUUGGGAAGGCCUGCAACACGUACUGCUGGAUCAUGUCUACCUUCACACUUCCUCAUCUAUAUGACAAGGAAGUGGGAGUGGAGGUGGCCCACCCUGGCGUAGGUCCUCACACAGAAGAAGUAGAUAAAAAGUACCAUGCCUACUACCAGUGGGUUCCUUUCGUCUUGCUUCUACAAGCCAUGAUGUUCUACGCCACUCAUUAUAUCUGGAAGAAUAUAGAGGGCGGGCAGUUGAAGAACGUGCUUAACGGCCUGGACGCACUCAUGUUGGAUAAGGAGGUACGAGAAAAGAAACAGGAACAGGUAGCCAAGUAUCUGGAGAAGACCAAGGGGAGGCAUACGUUCUGGUUCUCUGAGUACAUAUUAUUCGAGAUCCUCAACUUCUUUCAUGUCAUCGGGCAGAUCUACUUCACCGACAAGUUCUUGGGUUACGAAUUCACGACGUAUGGGGCCGAUGUAAUCAAAUUCAUGGAAGAAGACCCGGAGAAUCGCACGGAUCCCAUGACCAGAGUCUUUCCCAGAGUCACUAAAUGUACAUUCCAUACCUUCGGUCAAUCCGGUACGAUCCAGAAAAUAGAUAACCUCUGUGUUCUAGCUCUGAAUAUCGUGAACGAGAAGAUUUACACCGUGUUCUGGUUCUGGUUCGUCAUUCUUGCCAUAAUCUCUGGUCUUACGUUGCUGUAUCGUGUGGCAACCAUUCUGUCGAAUGCCGUUCGAUUAUAUUUGCUACGGAUGCGGGGUGGAGGUCAAAAUGGCGAUCUCGUCGAAGUCAUAACGGGGAAGUUGGGUCGAGCUGAUUGGUUUCUUCUUUAUCAUAUUGGAAAGCACAUGGAUCCUCUCCAUUACGAGGGUUUUCUCGAGAAAGUUGGUGAGGUAUUCCACGGACUACUGAAGAUCGACCAAGUAUGCAUUGACAACAAUAUCUUCCGUUUGCACUACAAAGCCACGGUGAUCUUUCUGGUCGCCUUCUCACUGACAGUGACCAGUCGCCAGUACAUCGGCGACCCCAUCGACUGCAUCGUCGAUGGCGUUCCACAAAAUGUCAUGGAUACCUACUGCUGGAUCCACAGCACCUUCACCAUCCCGAAUCGACUGACCGGAGAAAUCGGGAAAGAUAUCCCCCAUCCCGGGGUGGGACUCCCGAAGGAAGGGGAAGAACUACGGCAUCACAUGUACUACCAGUGGGUCUGCUUCUUCCUCUUCUUCCAGGCCAUGCUAUUCUACAUUCCACGGUAUCUGUGGAAGACAUGGGAAGGCGGAAAGAUCCGGAUGCUUGUGUUGGAUCUCAACUGUCCCAUCGUGGAGGAACAGGCCAAGAACGACCGCAAGAAGCUCCUCAUCGAGUAUUUCCUCACCAAUCUCCAUCAUCAAGAUUUUUAUGCCAUCAAGUUCUUCUUUUGCGAAGUCCUUAAUUUCGCCAAUGUCAUCGGGCAGAUCUACUUCAUGGAUACUUUCCUUGGAGGAGAAUUCACGACCUAUGGAGCCGACGUGGUUCGUUUCACGGAGUUGGAGCCAGAAGAUCGAGUUGAUCCUAUGGCAAAGGUUUUCCCCAAGGUCACUAAAUGCACCUUCCACAAGUACGGAGCUUCAGGGACCGUGCAGAAAAUUGACGGUCUCUGCGUCCUGCCUCUGAACAUCGUCAACGAGAAAAUCAUGGUCUUCAUCUGGUUUUGGUUCGUCAUCCUGGCCGUUCUGUCCGGCCUGGCUCUGCUCUACCGACUCGCCGUAGUGCUGAGGGCCCAGACAAGGCUGUAUUUGCUCAGAGCACGAUCUCGGCUGGCUCCAUCCGGGGACAUCGAUACCAUCAAUCGGAAAUGCCACAUUGGGGAUUGGUUCGUUCUGUAUCAGCUGGGCAAGAACAUGGAUCCCCUCAUCUACAAGGAAUUCAUCCACGAUCUUGCUCGCAGAUUGGAGGGCAAGGAAGCUCUCGACAAGAUAAGUAUCGACAAUGUGAUCUUCCGUCUCCACUACAAAGCAACUGUGGUGAUCCUGAUUUCCUUUUCCCUCCUGGUGACUGCCAAGCAAUACAUCGGCGACCCAAUCGAUUGCAUUGUGUCCGGAGUCCCAGCCAAAAUCAUGGAUACAUACUGCUGGAUCCAUAGCACGUUCACGCUCCCCAGCCUUCUGUCUGGGAAAGUCGGCGAAGAUGUACCCCACCCUGGCGUGGGAUUGCAGGGAGAAGGGGAGGAAGCCAUGUACCAUAAGUACUACCAAUGGGUGUGCUUCUUCCUUUUCUUUCAAGCUCUUCUCUUCUACACCCCUCGCUUCCUGUGGAAGUCCUGGGAAGGGAAAAAGCUGGAGAAGUUGAUUCAGCAACUCAACUGCCCCAUUGUCGAUAAAGGUGUGAAAAAGGAUAGGCUCGCCCUCCUCGUGCAGUAUUUCACAGAUAACUUCCACACCAUGCGCUGGUAUGCGUUCAAGUUCUUCUUCUGUGAGGUCCUCAACCUCAUCAACGUCAUCGGUCAAAUAUUCUUCAUGGAUCACUUCUUGGACGGGGAAUUCUCGACGUAUGGCCCCGAUGUGUGGAAUUUUUCUGAAUUGGACCCCGCGGAACGAGUGGAUCCAAUGGCCAAAGUAUUCCCAAAGGUCACCAAAUGCACCUUCCACAAGUACGGUCCAUCGGGUACGAUCAUGAAGUUGGAUGGUCUCUGCGUUCUCCCCUUAAACAUCGUCAACGAGAAGAUCAUGGUUUUCAUCUGGUUCUGGUUCGUCAUCGUGGCGGUCUUGUCCGGUUUGGGACUCUUCUACCGGCUUGCGGUUGUCUUUGUGGAUACCGUUCGCCUGCAUCUUCUCAGAGCAAGAGCGAGGUUCUCUAAUGUCAACACUGUAACAUCGGUCAACGAGCUUUGCGAUGGCGUUGGUCCCUGGUUCAUGCUCUACCAACUCGGCAAGAAUAUGGAUCCUCAAAUCUUCAGCAAAUUUUUGACGAAUUUGGAGCCAGCUCUGAAGAGGAGAGGGACCGUCGUCACCGACGAUGGGUUUUUCAAGCUCCACUACAAGCUCACAGCGGCCAUCUUCUUCCUCUUUUGUCUGAUCCUGACUGGGAAGGAGAUGAUCGGGGAACGGAUACAAUGCACCACGGAUGCGAAGCCCAUAUCCGAUAACUACAUGAAUACAUACUGCUACAUCCAGUCGACGUUUAGCAUUCGAGAUCAUUUCGGGAAAAAAGUGGGCUCCGUGAUCCCUUAUCCUGGAGUUGGGACCCACCGUGUGAGCGACAAGUCGGAUAGGGUAUACCACAGCUACUACUUGUGGGCUCCAGUUGUACUGUUCCUCCAAGCGCUCACGUUCAUAAUUCCCCAUCGCCUAUGGAAAAUGUGGGAAUCCGGGAAAGUGCGUAGUCUCGCCAAUGCCCUCAAUGGCGACAAGUUAACGCUGAAGACCAGAGGCGGGAAGACCACUAAGCAGUCGCUCCUAGUCGAAUAUCUCACUCGGUCUCGCCAUUCCCACGGAAUGUAUGCUGCCAAGUACGUCAUCUGUGAGGUCCUUAAUCUCGUCGUCGUCGUUGGGAAUAUUUUCUUCGUGGACAAAUUCCUGGGCGGCACCUUCUUGACCUAUGGAAUCGACGUACUCAAGCUCAUCGAUAAGGACUACACAACGAGGACGGAUCCCUUGGUCCGGGUCUUCCCAAAGGUUACCAAGUGUUACAUCCAUAGCUAUGGACCUUCGGGGACCAUUCAGGUCGCAGAUGCUCUCUGUGUCUUGGCUCAGAAUAUUCUCAACGAGAAAGUCUUCAUCGUGGUCUGGUUUUGGCUCGUCUUCCUCUCCGUUAUCACCGCCAUCGGACUCUUGUAUCAUCUCUUCGUCCUCUUCUCGCCCGGCGCUCGACUUUGGCUGCUUCAGCAGAGGGGGAAGUAUUCCAUCAAGGUUGCCAAUCUGGAAACGGUCGUCCAGAAAGCCGAUUUUGGCGACUUCCAUCUCCUGUACCUGAUCGGCAUCAACACCCCGAUCUUGACUUUCGGUCAACUCUUGAACGAGCUGGGGGAGAAAUGGACCAAAGAGGACAUCCGCGGGACUCAACAAAGGGAACCGACUCCCGCUUCAAGCAAGAUCCAUCUGCCCGGCAUAACCACAUAA